AUCUGGCGUUGGUGUUUAUUUAAUUAGUUAUAAAGUAACAAUAAACAUGUUUGGAACAGUUUUGUUUUUGCUUCUGCUUACACAAUCUGGGUUUUCUAUUGAUGAUCUUAUCAUCACAUUACCCAAUGGAAAAAUUAGAGGACGACAAGAUAUAACAUUACAAAACAAAACUUAUUAUGCUUUUGAAAAAAUUCCAUAUGCUACUCCACCGUUAGGGCCUUUGAGAUUCAAAGCACCCCAACCUGCUCAAAAUUGGGAAGGUAUCCUUGACACUACACGAAUAAACGUGAGUUGUCUACAACUACAAAUUGAUGACCAGCCACAAUCCGAAGAUUGCCUUUACAUUAAUGUGUUUACACCACAACUUCCAGAAAAUGAAACAAACAAACUGCUACCAGUAAUGUUUUUUAUACAUGGUGGAGCGUUUAUCCAAGGCUCAAGUAUUGAUUUUGGCCCUGAUUUGUUUGUUAACAACGAUGUACUUUUGGUCACUAUUAAUUACAGAUUAGGUCCUUUUGGCUUUUUGUCAACCAGUGACGACGUGAUCCCGGGAAAUCACGGACUAAAAGAUCAAAAACUCGCAAUUCAGUGGGCUCACGAUAAUAUUGAGUUGUUUGGAGGGGAUCCAGAAAAAAUUACGAUUUUUGGAGAAAGUGCAGGGUCGGCUUCUGUCGCUUACCAACUGCUGAAUCAAAAUUCAGAAGGUCUUUUCCAAGGAGCUAUUUUACAAAGUGGCUUAUUUUUAUGUCCAUGGUCUUUCCAAAGAAAUCCCCGAAAAGAAGCUUUUGGUUUGGCUACUAUCCUGAACUCAACUUUUGAAACAAAUACUGAUUCUCAAGUAUUACUAGACUAUUUGCAAAGUGUCGAAUCUGUAGAAAUACUUGCUGCUGCUAAUAAAUACAUGGCUCAGGAAGCAACUCCUUGGGACUAUGACGUUUCACAAGGAUUAGUCUGGGCACCCGUAACUGAAACAAAGAAUCCAGACGCUUUUAUUACCAAAAAAAUGUAUGGAUUACUUCAGGCCGGAAAUAUUUUAAAAGUGCCCAUCCUUGUAGGUUUUAAUUCUGAAGAAAGUUUACUUUUUAAUCCAGAUCCCACUGUUUUACAAAACACUCUAAAAGCGUGGGAUGAUAAUUUGAGCUUAAUAGUAAACAAUAACAUGCAUAUUAUUGACGAGAAUAAGCGUUUAGAAAUGGGAAAAUCGAUCAGAGACAUUUAUACCGGAGGUCAGCCUUUCGGUAGCCGAUUCGGGGACGGCAUUAGGUAUUCCAGUGACACCUCAUUUACUAAAUCUACUCGUAAAUUUGCUGAAUUUUAUUCAAAAUUAGCCAAAACGUACUUUUAUCAAUUUUCACGUCAUGGUUCUAUGGGAAAAACUGAUAUUCAUUAUGAUGGUGCUGAAAGUGUUGCUCAUGCUGAAGAACUGGGAUAUUUGUUUUGUUCUGGAUCUAAUUGUAAUGAUAGCACUUACCCUGAAAGUGAUAAAAUUACGCGGCAACGACUUAUUAAAAUUUGGACUGAUUUUGCAAAGUACCAAAAUCCAACGCCGGAACCCUCACAAAUCUUGCAAAAUAUCACUUGGCCAGUUGUUUCAACGGAUGAUGGAGACUUUUUCUAUGUCAAUAUUAACGCUAGUUUGGAAAUAAGAAAUCAUCCAAAGGACGAGACUUACCAGCAGUGGAUUGCAUUAUACGAUAGCUUAAAUUUUACUGAUUUUGAUACCUACUAGAAAUACAAAAUAAGUAUUUAAUUUGUUUGUGGCCAAAUGUAAAUAAGAAUAAAACAACAAUUUUUUUGUCACAAAUUACGUUGUUAUGAUGUUUUUAUUCAAACAUGUCAUGUGUUUACGUUUUGCCAACAAAUACCAAAUGUUGCCGCAAUUGUAAAAUGGAUUUUUCAA